AUGGCAUAUAAGAUACCCGGCGACUUUAAAUUUCCGGAGCAAGCUACUUUCGACGGGUCGGGCGAUCCGCGCGAACACCUCCUGAGCUACCAGGCGAAAAUGCAGGUCUUAGGAGUCAAGGACCUUGUCAUGUGCCGCGCCUUCUUGCCAACUUUGAAAGGGCCGGCUCAAAGAUGGGUCGUCGCCCUACCAUCGGGGUCGAUCCACAGCUUCGAGGGAUUACCCGACCGUUUCAUGAGUCACUAUGCUACCAACAUAAAGCCUCAGAAAGACCUUACGCAUCUUGGCGAUAUUCAUCAAGAUGAGACCGCGCCCACUUUCUUCAUUGAGUCGCUUCGAUCCGGCCAGCUGUAUCGAGACUUACGGGAUAAUCGGCUAGCCACAUAUACGGAGGCCAUUCACAUGGCCAACAAGCGAGCUAACGUUGAGCAGGCCAUGAAGUCUAAGCGACAGCGCGAGGUCGGAGGGGCCUCAGGAGGAAAACGAACCAGAGCAGAUGCGAAUGAAAGACAUCGGGAUCCACCAAGCCGACAUGAGGCCCGGCGCGUCUACGACAGAGCAGUAUUCAUCCUUACCGACCACCUCCUUAACAUCCAGUGCACGAGAUAA